AGAAUGCACCUGAGAGCGUGUAACGUUGACGUGUAGUUUAUUGGUGGUCAGAAAAGUCCCAUUUGCUCCACAUCACUCAUCCUGGUACGAUCUUUAGGCUACAUAUUUUGAUAAACUUUACAUUUUGGUGUCAGUCCUUUUGAGGACAGCGUGGGAAGAUGGCGGGGGAAAUAUCUAUGAUCGGUUCCGUCAUAUUAGCGCUGUUUCUGGCUGGUUACCUGGGACAACAGUAUUUACCACCUCCCAAACCCAAAGUAAUCGGCCUGGACCUGGGGACGACCUUCUGCUCCGUGGGCGUCUUUCACCCGGGCAGUGGAGAGGUGGAGGUGGUGGCGGAUGAAGAGGGCAGAAGGAGCAUCCCCAGCGCCGUCUCCUUCACCACCACCGCGGUCCUGGCGGGACACGAGGCCGUGGACCUGGCGGACAGCAACCCCCAGAACACCAUCUACGACGCCAAGAGGUUUAUAGGGAAAACAUUUGAGCCUGAAGUCCUGGAGAGGGAGAGCGCACGAUAUCCAUUCAAGGUGAUAAAUAACAAUGGCAGCGCUGAGUUUGAGAUCUCCACUAACCACACGUUCACUGUGAGCCCGGAGUUCAUCGGCUCGAGGCUACUGCUCAAGAUGAAGAAGAUGGCGGAGCAGCAGCUGGGUGUCCCCAUCCAGAAAGCCGUUAUUUCGGUUCCUGCAGAGUUUGAUGAACACCAGAGGAAUUAUACCAUCAGAGCUGCUAACCUCGCUGGUUUAGAGAUCUUGCGAGUCAUAAAUGAACCAACCGCAGCUGCCAUGGCCUACGGGCUGCACAAAGUGGACGUGUUGAAUGUUUUGGUGGUGGACCUGGGGGGUGGGACUCUGGACGUGUCUCUGCUCAACAAACAGGGGGGAAUGUUCCUCACCAGAGCCAUGGCCGGAAACAACAAGCUGGGAGGUCAAGACUUCAGCCAGCGCUUGCUUCAGUUUACCAAAGAGCGCGUUACACAAGAGUUUGGCGUCACUCCUGCCCUUAAAGAAGAUAUUCACCGUCUGCGACAGGCUGUGGAAGCUGCAAAACUCAACCUCACUGUCCACCCCACAACGAACAUUCAUGUACCACUCCACCUCCAAAUCCAGGACAGCUCCGACCCCCCUAAAAAGGUCAUGUUUAAUGCAGAAAUCACUCGCAAACAGUUUGAAGAGCUAAACGAGGACCUCUUCCAGAAAAUUUUAACUCCUAUUAAGAUUGUUUUAGCGGAAGGAUAUUUGGAAAAAGAAGAAGUGGAUGAGAUUGUCCUCGUUGGAGGUUCAACCAGGAUACCACGCAUCAGAAAAAUUAUUACGGAGUUUUUUGGGAAGGAGCCUAAUACAUCUGUCGACCCAGACUUAGCUGUGGUCACUGGUGUAGCCAUUCAAGCCGGGAUCAUGGGGGGGUCUUGGCCUUUACAAGUGAGCGCGUUAGAGAUUCCCAAUAGACACUUACGCAAAACAAACUUGAACUGAGUUGUUACUAUUCCAAACUUGCCGUCAGUACCGGUUAAUGCUUCUCUAAUACGUUUAAUACUGGAGCACCAUUUGCACAGCAUCACCAGGAGAAAUGCAAGAGGUUUUCUCUGGGAUGAGUAGUGGGAACAUUCCUCUGAAGAAAGGGAAGUUAUUAAGCUCAAUGCCGCCAGGAGCAUAAUUCUGUCUAAUGUGAAAGAGAAAUAGAAGAUAUUAUUAUUAUUAAGACCAACCACUUUUAAAGUAACAAGCACAUCUUUAUGUAUUUAUUUUAUAAUUUAUUUUGUUUACUGUGUGAUCGUGCGAGCGCAUGUGCCUUUUUGAAAAGAGCUGUUUUUUCAUGUCCACUUAGCCAAAAUUAUUUAUACUGUCGUUAAAAUUGAACUUUUGUCUAUUCUAGACAAUUACACACAACAAAGUGGUUAAUGUCAGUGAAGUUAAUAUUUAAGUAACAAAGUUUACUAUGGAUUAAUUUUGUGUUUGACAUGUUUUCCUUGUCGGUUUUGGGACUAUUUUUCAUUUGCUUUUGAUCUUUUGCAUUUCCUUGGUCUGUCCAGGGAAGGAAUUAUUUGCCAUCAACUGUACUACUGUUCAUGCAGAAGCUAAAAUGGCCACUUAUUUGGCAUUUCCGGUGCAAUAUGAAAUAGAAAAUGUAACGUGUCAAAUAACAUCCUCAUUGAAACUUAAUUCUGUCAAAAGAGGAGAGAGUUGCACUUUGAGGACUUCCAUCUGUUGACCAGCUUGACCUCAUUAUGUCUUAAAUUAAUGCUUUGUUCUUCUGCUGCUGUAGAUAGGCAGGUCAACUCUGGUCGUCCCACUGCAGGACCAAAGGUUUAUAGUGCCUUGUGUGUUUUUACAAAUGUAUGAACCGCUAUUAUAGCAUAUAUCAUGUAUAUGCUUUUAAAAGACACGUUUGUCAAACACACAGAUUCAUGAAAUAUGAAGUAUACUGUACUGAUAGGAAAUGUAAAUAUCAUUUGUCCAGUUUAGUUUAAAAAAUACUUUAUUUUACUUGUACAGUCAUUUCUUUCAUGCAAUUUGAUCUUCAAAGUAAAAAACUUUGAUAGAAAUUUG